AGAUAUGAUUUUUUCGGGAGUGUACCAUACUUUACAUCGACUUCAUGCGAAUAGUAUAAGACAUUCUGAGUUAGUAGAACUCAUCACUCUAAGCAUAACUGUCACCUCGAAAAAACUUUAAAAUGCUCGUACGGUGUCCGGCAAGACAUUCAAGAUAUGUCAAGUCGCUUAUUCUUUAUCUAAAUAAUAAAGAAGCUUAUUAUUAUUAUUGAUUGUUCUUUGAAUAAGCAUAUAUUAUAGGACGCAUAGUCGAUUAUUUGUAUUUCUAUAAUCGGUUUUAUUUAGGUUGUUUCUGAAAUUUUCUACUCGUUAUAUAAUUUUCACGGUAUAUAUCGUGGUCACGUCGUCCCCGUACUUUACGCAUUAUAUUAUUACGUCGGAAAAAUGUUGUAACAUAUCAACGUUGUGGUGCAAAUUCGACGAAUAAAUUAAAUAGUCGAAUUUGCACUACACGGAUAUUCUCGAUCAUUUAUGCUUGAUUUUGAAUAAGCAUGUAUUAUGUAUUCUUUUAGAUGCAAGUUUUCCCCAUAUCGCCCUGUCUGGAUGCUAUUUUCAUUUAAGACAAAGUGUCCAUCGUCAAAUUACACCUCUUGAUUAUCAAACUCAAUAUCAAAACGAUCCCAUAUUCGCACAUAAUAUUCACAAGUUUGUCGCAUUAGCUUUCAUCCACCCGAAUGGUGUUAUAAAUGCAUCUGAACGCUUAUCCUUAAGUCUUGGCGAUGAUUAUGAAGAUAUUAUUGAUUAUUUUGAAGAAACAUAUAUUGGACGACUUAGACCUAAUCAAACAAGACGACAGCCCAAGUUUAGUAUUGAUUUUUGGAAUAUGUAG